AUGAUUAGAACUUCCAGGUCUUUAAUUAGAUCUUCUUUUAAAUCACAAUCAUUAAAAUUACAAUCAUUCAAAUCGUUACCAACAACAUGUUCCAAAUUUUCAUCCUCAACUUGUUAUAGAUCAUUAGCUACAUCUGCCAAUAAAGCAGAUACUUCAUCAAAUAAUUAUUCAAAAGUAUUUAAUCCAAAUUCUGAAAAAGUUUCAUUAACAAAUUUAGAUACCUUUGCAAGAAGACAUAUUGGUCCAAAUCCAAAAGAAGUUGAAAAAAUGUUGGAAACUUUAGGUUAUUCAGAUUUAGAUGAAUUUUUAUCAAGUGCUGUACCUGAACAUAUAUUAUUUAAACGUCAAUUACAAAUUCAACCAAAACAAGGUUUUACAGAACAAGAAAUGUUGAAACAUUUACAUGAAUUAGCUGGUAAAAAUAAGAUAUAUAAGUCUUUUAUUGGUAAAGGUUAUGCUGGAACCAUAUUACCACCAGUUAUUCAAAGAAAUUUAUUAGAAUCACCAGAAUGGUAUACUUCAUAUACUCCUUAUCAACCAGAAAUAUCUCAAGGUAGAUUACAAAGUUUAUUGAAUUAUCAAACUAUGAUUACUUCAUUAACUGGUUUAGAUAUGGCAAAUGCUUCAUUAUUAGAUGAAGGUACUGCAGCAGCUGAAGCAAUGAGUUUAUCAUUUCAUAAUGCAAAAGGUAAAAAAAAUAUUUAUGUAAUUGAUACUGAAUUACAUCCACAAACUAAAGAAGUUAUAAAAUCAAGAGCUGAAAAUAUUAAUGUUGAGAUUAAAGAAUUAACUUUAUCUACAGCUGAAGGUAUUGAAGAAUUGAAAAAAAUAAUUAAAAAUGUAUGUGGUGCAUUGGUCCAAUAUCCAACUACAAAUGGUUCUAUUCAUAAUUAUACUGAAAUUGGAGAAAUUUUACAUGAAAAUAAGGUAUUAUUUGCAAUGGCAACUGAUUUAUUAGCAUUGACAUUAAUUAAACCACCAAGCUAUUAUGGAGCUGAUAUAGCUUUAGGUACUUCACAAAGAUUUGGUGUACCAUUUGGUUAUGGAGGACCUCAUGCGGCUUUUUUUGCAACUUCACAAAAAUAUGCUAGAAAAAUUCCAGGUAGAAUUGUUGGUGUUUCAAAAGAUAGAUUAGGUAACCCAGCUUUAAGAUUAGCAUUACAAACUAGAGAACAACAUAUUAAAAGAGAAAAAGCAACUUCAAAUAUUUGUACUGCACAAGCUUUAUUAGCUAACAUUGCUGCAAAUUAUGCUGUCUAUCAUGGACCUGAAGGUUUGAAAAAUAUAGCUAAAAGAGUUUAUGGUUUCACUACUUUAUUAGCAAAUGAAAUUUCAAAAAAACAUGAAAUUGUAAAUGACAAAUGGUUUGAUACUUUAACUGUUAAAUUAAAUGGUAUAUCAGCUGAUGAAUUAUUAAAUCAAGCUUUAACUAAAUAUGGUAUCAAUUUGUUCAAAGUUGAUGAUUCGACUGUAUCAUUACAAUUAGACGAAACUGUUGAAACACAAGAUUUAAUUAACUUAGUUGAAUUAUUUACAGGUGAAGUUAUUGAACCAUCUACUGAAUUACCAGAAAUUUCACAAGAUUUAUUGAGAACUGAUGAUAUUUUAACUCAUGAAAAUUUCAAUACUCAUCAUUCAGAAACCGCAAUGUUAAGAUAUUUACAUCUUUUACAAUCAAAAGAUUUAUCAUUAGCUAAUUCAAUGAUUCCAUUAGGUUCAUGUACAAUGAAAUUAAAUUCUACAGUUGAAAUGCAAACUUUAUCAAUACCAGGUUUCAAUUCAAUCCAUCCUUUUGUACCAAUUGAUCAAGCUCAAGGUUAUAAAGAAUUGGUUGAUGAAUUUGAAAAAGAUCUAAAUGAUAUUACUGGGUUUGAUGCUACUACAUCGAUGCCAAAUUCAGGUGCUCAAGGUGAAUAUACUGGUUUAUCAUUAAUUAGACAAUAUCAUAAAUCAAAAGGUGAAUAUGAACAAAGAAAUAUUUGUCUUAUUCCUGUAUCUGCUCAUGGUACAAAUCCGGCUUCAGCAGCUAUGUGUGGAUUAAAAGUUGUACCAGUAAAAUGUUUAGACAAUGGAUCAAUUGACUUAAAUGAUUUAAAAGAAAAAGCAGCAAAACAUGCUACUAAUUUAUGUUCAAUUAUGAUAACUUAUCCAUCAACUUAUGGUUUAUUUGAACCAGGUGUGAAAGAAGCUAUUGAUAUUGUUCAUCAAAAUGGUGGUUUAGUUUAUUUAGAUGGUGCAAAUAUGAAUGCUCAAGUUGGUUUAACAUCACCUGGAGAUUUAGGAGCUGAUGUAUGUCAUUUAAAUAUUCAUAAAACAUUUGCAUUAAGUCACGGUGGUGGUGGUCCAGGUCAAGCACCAGUUUGUGUUAAAGAACAUUUAAAACCAUUUUUACCAAAACAUCAUUUUGUUAAAACACCACAUUCAACUGAAGAAAGUAUUAAAUCAGUUAACUCAGCUCCUUAUGGAAGUGCAUCAGUUAUACCUGUAUCAUAUUCAUAUAUAAAAAUGUUGGGUGCUGAUGCAUUACCAUAUGCAUCAUCAAUUGCAAUGUUAAAUGCUAAUUAUAUUUUAUCAAAAUUAGAGAAACACUACAAAAUUUUAUUCGUUGAUCAUAAAGCAUCAUCAAAUGAAGGAUUAAAACAUUGUGCACAUGAAUUUAUAUUAGAUUUAAGAGAGUUUCAAAAGAAUGGGGUUGAAGCUAUAGAUAUUGCUAAAAGAUUACAAGAUUAUGGAUUCCAUGCACCAACUAUGUCAUUCCCUGUAGCAGGAACUUUAAUGAUUGAACCGACAGAAUCUGAAAAUUUAGCAGAAUUAGAUAGAUUUAUUGAAUCAUUUAUUUCAAUUAGAAAAGAAAUUGACGCUUACGCUAAAGGUGAACCUUUAGGUAAUGUAUUGAAAAAUGCACCACAUUCUCAACAAGAUGUUAUAAGUUCAAAUGAUUGGGAUACAAGAGGUUAUACAAGAGAACAAGCUGCUUAUCCAUUACCAUUUUUAAGAGAAAAUAAAUGUUGGCCAACUGUUUCAAGAUUAGAUGAUACUUAUGGUGAUUUGAAUUUGAUUUGUACUUGUCCUUCUGUUGAGGAAGUAGCAGCUGAUCAAUCAUAG